UACCUAAACGUUAGGCGCCCUCGGAAGGCCACCGCGAAUUCUAAAAGCUUCCUUUCGCCUUCCCUGCGGAAGGAGCGCCUCGCCAAAGGAAGUGUAACGUUAGAGGCUUCUGGUUUCGAGAUUACCCACAAAAAAUGCGAAAUAUUUGUAAUGAGUUGCCGAGACAAAGUGCCGGGACUGUUAAAAUUGCAUUUCUACUUUUAUACUGGGGCAUAAAUUGCAUUUCUUUGGUUAAUAACGUAAAAAUGGUUCGAAAAGGAUGCGCGUGGCAAGAAAGCAAUCUCAGUCUAGCAACUAUGGCAGCAUCUGAGUUCGUUUGGUCAGGCGUCGCUUUUUUCCUUUCUUUGCAUGCGCUUUCUUUCGUGUGUGUGUGUGUGUAUGUGUAUUUGCCAUGCCGGGCAAAGCAUAUUUUACGGAAGAAGAAAAGGACUUGUUCACGGAACUUCUACAAAGGUACAGCAAUGUGAUUGAAAGCAAGAAAACAGAUGCUGUGUCGCUGAACGCGAAGGCGAAAGCGUGGGAGCGGCUGUACACAGAAUAUAACAGCAUGCCGCACGUGCGUCGGCACGAAGUAAAACAACUAAAAAAACUGUGGGAGAACCUGAAACAAAAACUGAAAAAAGCAAAGGCGCAGCAGAUCAGAGACGUCAUGGCCACAGGUGGCGGACCACCGCCUGAGCCGCUAGACGACAGGCUCACCCGAGUCGAGGCGCUCGUGCCGCACGUGGCGGUGCGAGUGCCGAACCCAUUUGACAGCGACAGGCAGUCGCAGACGCCAGCCAGUGAAGCCGUUACAGACAUUAUUGACAGCAUGAUGCAUGAGACCGAUUCACGGCACCACGACAGCGACGAUGAGUUCGGGAUGAAUAGUAACCUUAGCCAGGCAGGUGGGUUUGCCGAGGCUACAUCACAGCAGUGCUCGCCAGCACCUCCUCUCAGCAGUGGUGGGCUGCCUGCAGAAACAGCAACCUCAAGGCCAUCGGGCAGCCAAAACAGAGAAGAUGCUUUCGUGGACCAAGGCUGA